AUGGGGGAAGAGGAUGUGUACAAAACAGCCUUUAGAACACAUCUGGGGCACUAUGAGUUCAAGGUUAUGCCAUUUUGCCUAACCAAUGCCCCUACUACAUUCCAGUCACUCAUGAAUAAUGUGUUUAGAGAUUAUUUGAGAAAGUUUGUUCUGAUUUUCUUUGACGAUAUAUUAUUCUACAGUGCCUCAUUAAAUGAACACAAACAACACCUUGAAAGAGUACUGGAAAUACCGAGGGAGGAGCAGCUCUUUGCCAGACUAUCUAAGUGCUCUUUUGGACAAUCAAAGGUGGAAUAUUUGGGGCAUAUUAUCACUUGGGAAGGUGUAGCUAAAGAUCCCUCUAAAAUAGAAGCAAUGAUUAAUUGGCCUAUUUCUAAAUCCAUCAAGGCUCUAAGGGAAUUUUUGGGCCUAACAGGAUAUUACAUAAGGUUUAUACAAUCUUAUGGCAUCAUCAACAGAUCCCUAACCAGUCUACUGAAAAAGAAUGCCUUCCAAUGGUCUGCAGAAACCAAUACUGCCUUCCUGGCAUUGAAACAGGCCAUGUCUACUGCACCUAUACUAGCCCUGUCAGACUUCACAAAGACUUUCAUUGUGGAAACUGAUGCUUGCUCUACAAGGAUUGGGGGGUGUGCUAACGCAAGAAGGCAAACCCCUUGCAUUCUUCAUCAAGGCUUUGGGACCUUGACACAUGGGCUUAUCUACUUAUGA